UGAGGGCGGAGCGGAUAUGGCGGACGAGGCGCUCUUCCUGCUGCUGCACAACGAGAUGGUGGCGGGGCUGUACCGCGCCGCCGAGCAGGGCGAAGGGGUGAGUGGGGUCGGGACCGCCCUGGGGGCCCUGGAGAGCAUGGGCUUCCGCGUCGGGCAGGGGCUGAUCGAGAGGUUUACAAAAGAUACUGCGAGGUUCAAGGAUGAAUUAGAUAUUAUGAAGUUCGUUUGCAAAGAUUUUUGGACAACUGUAUUCAAAAAACAAAUAGAUAACCUAAGGACUAAUCAUCAGGGUAUUUAUGUCCUUCAAGACAAUAAAUUUCGUCUCUUGACACAAAUGUCUGCAGGAAAGCAGUACUUAGAACAUGCACCAAAGUACCUAGCAUUUACCUGUGGACUAAUCAGAGGAGGCCUAUCGAAUUUGGGAAUAAAGAGUAUUGUAACAGCUGAAGUUUCAUCAAUGCCUGCAUGUAAAUUUCAGGUGAUGAUACAGAAGAUGUAGAGCACAUUCAAAUCUGGGUAUCUGUCUUAAAAAUCCUUUCUGUGUGGAUUAAGUAUCUUGGUUCAGCUUUGUAUGUAGCUUGUAAAUUAUAGCAGUGUGCAACACAAUUCCAAAAUAUAUAAUAAAUGUUCAUCAAAAUAACUUAACACUAUCCUUGUAUCUUGGUAUGAAAUUUAUUCUAUACCAAGGUAUUAAUGUCCACAUGGUAAAAACUGUCUACUCAGAAGUUUUCAGCAAAUGUUUCAAUUACCAAAACAGCACAUGUGGAAGACCGGAGGCACGUUUUGAGAACAGAGUAAAAGCCUGACCAAGAGUAAAUUGUAAUAAGAAACGAAUGUGUUUUGUGUCACCUAACAUGGUUAGGGUUAAUGAAUGCCCAACUGCUACAUUUCCUUAUUCACUCUGAACUGUGAGGCAGCAAUUGCUUUUGUAUUAUUCUGAGGAAGCCACUAGCACAUGAACCAACAGCCUUCAUCAAUAGCGUUCAGUGGAGUCUUAGUUACUUUGUAGGAAUGAUAUGGGGCAGUAGAAAAGAGAACUUACUUCUACAUAGUUAAACAGUUUCUCCUACCUCCCUAAAAUUAGCAGCUGUUUUUUGUGUCAGAAUAAUUUUACAGAUAAGGUCAUCUAUACUGGCCAA